AUGUCUUCAAUGCCAGGAACUCGGCACUUCCAGACACCACCGUCUCCAUGGUCAGAUACUGCUAGUGGACAUGAUACUGAUACACCCAGUACACUUCAAAGUAUAAAGCGCAAGUACUCGCAUACGACAGCGGCACAACGUCAGUGUCUACUUGAGUGGUUGGAGCUCCCGGGUAACUUUGAGCUGCUUACGAAACCCAUGGGCGCCAGAUCAAACGAUUCGUCAACAUUAUCACAGCCCAAACGUGUGAAGAAAAUGGAUGGGUAUCGAUCAAUGGCUCAACAUAUGAACCAAGUGGUGCACACCGAUUGGUCGGAAAAGACGGCGCGCAGUCGCUUUGAGAGUUUCAUGGCAGCCUAUCGCAAAGCCAAGCGCCAGAGCCCACAUGACUUGCCAUCAUUUUUUAGACGUGUUGAUGCUCUAUUUGGACCAGAUAAGGACGUAGAGAGUAGAUUCAGGUCGGAAAGUCUUGGCCAGAGAUCGGAAGAAAGUAGUUCUAGAUCUCCAUUGGUGUCGAGGGAGCACGAUACGGUCUGCCGAGAUCUCUCCAGCGCCAAGAGAGAGGCCGUGAAUGACGAUGAGAAUUUGUCACCCUUGAAACGAAAAACGCAGAUAAAACGUGCUCUUGGGACGGUCCUGGCGACGUCCGCACCGUCGAGUCCACUGGAUGAGUUGACAAUGCCUGAGGCAAAUGAUCAGGCGUUAAAAGUGGAAGCUCAACGACUUGCAGUGAAACAGCAGGAGCUGGAACUUAAGCAGUUUGAACUGCGUACUCGACAAGAAGAGAACCGACAAAAACUGCGUGCAGAGGUGCUUACGAGAUUAGUGGAAGCUGGCAAGUCGCCGGCAGAAGUACGUGAAUAUCUUGCAAUCAUGGACCCGAUCGACACAUUUCCAUCAUCCGGUAAAAGCGAACCCAUCAGUUUUGUAGCACACCAGUCCCUAGAAAUUUCUAACUGA